CCGCUGGCUCCGCCCCGCGUCGGGGUGACGCUCUCGCCGCCCUGUUUAUUGUGGGCAAGCGUUUGCGGCAGAGGACUGGAGAGCCGUAUUCACGGAGUCCCGACACUGUCAUCCUGAGCUGCAUGACUUUAUGAGAUUCAGAGUUUCUGUCCUAACUUCCUAUGUUUGAAAAAGACCCUACUGCAGGUCGCCUCACUGGUGCCUGUGUCUGUAUCUAUGACCAAGCCUUCAGAGUGAUUAGCCUACCUUGAGGUCCACCCCAACAUCGGAACAUCGGCAAAGGACCUUUCCAUCCACAACGCCAGUGUCCAGAACUCACACAGGAAGAUGCCCCUCUUCUUUCGGAAGCGGAAACCCAGUGAGGAGGCUCGGAAGCGCCUGGAGUACCAGAUGUGUCUGGCAAAAGAAGCUGGGGCAGAUGACAUUCUUGACAUCUCUAAAUGUGAACUCUCUGAGAUUCCAUUUGGGGCUUUUGCAACGUGCAAAGUUCUGCAGAAAAAGGUGUUGAUCGUGCAUACGAACCAUCUCACGUCCCUGCUUCCCAAAUCCUGCAGCCUCUUGAGCCUUGCCACCAUCAAGGUUCUGGAUCUCCAUGACAACCAGCUGACAGCCCUUCCUGAUGACAUGGGGCAGCUGACAGCCCUACAGGUACUGAAUGUGGAAAGGAACCAACUGAUGCAUCUCCCACGCUCUGUAGGGAACCUGCUUCAGCUCCAGACCCUCAACGUGAAAGACAACAAGCUGAAGGAGCUUCCUGAGACCCUGGGGGAGCUGCGAAGCUUGCGUACCCUCGACAUCAGUGAAAACGAGGUUCGGAGACUGCCACUGAUGCUGGCUCACGUGCGGACCCUGGAGACACUGAGCCUUGAUGCCACGUCCAUGGUCUACCCCCCGCCAGAGGUGUGUGGUGCUGGCACUGCGGCCGUGCAGCAGUUCCUUUGCAAAGAGUCAGGAUUGGAAUACUACCCUCCUUCUCAGUACCUACUGCCAGUCCUGGAGCAGGAUGGAGCUGAGAACUCCCAGGACAGCCCCGAUGGAGCCAUAAACAGAUUCUCCAGGGAGGCGGCUGAUUGGCAGAACCGGUUCUCUGACUACGAGAAGCGAAAGGAGCAGAAGAUGCUGGAGAAACUGGAGUUUGAGCGGCGCCUGGACCUUGGACAGCGAGAGCAUGCCGAGCUGCUGCAGCAGAGCCACAAUCACAAGGACGAGAUCCUUCAGUCAGUCAAGCAGGAGCAGACUCGGCUCGAGCAGGGCCUAAGUGAGCGCCAGCGUUGCCUGGAUGCAGAACGGCAGCAGCUGCGGGAGCAGCUGAAGCAGAGCGAGCAGAGCAUCGCCGGCCGCAUCCAGAGACUCCUGCAGGACAAUCAGAGGCAGAAGAAGAAUUCUGAGAUCCUGAAAUCGCUAGAGAAUGAGAGAAUAAGAAUGGAACAGUUGAUGUCCAUAACCCAGGAGGAGACAGAGAACCUGAGGCAACGCGAGAUCGCCUCCGCCAUGCAGCAGAUGCUGACCGAGAGCUGUAAGAGCCGGCUCGUCCAGAUGGCCUAUGAGUCUCAGAGGCAGAGCCUGGUCCAGCAGGCCUGUUCCAGCAUGGCCGAAAUGGACCAGCGGUUCCAGCAGAUUCUGUCAUGGCAGCAGAUGGAUCAGAGCAAAGCUAUCAGCCAGAUCCUUCAGGAGAGUGUGAUGCAGAAGGCUGCAUUCGAGGCUCUCCAGGUGAAGAAAGACCUGGCACAUCGGCAAAUCAGGAACCAGAUUAGGCUAAUAGAAACCGAGUUACUGCAGCUGACACAGCUGGAGUUAAAGAGGAAGUCCCUGGACACAGAGAUGCUUCAGGAGAUGAUCUCAGAGCAGCGCUGGGCACUGAGCAACCUGCUCCAGCAGCUACUCAAAGAAAAGACACAGCGAGAAGAAGAACUCCAUGACAUCCUGGUAGAAUUAGAAGCCAAGAGCGAAACCAAGCAGGAAAAUUACUGGCUUAUUCAGUACCAGCGGCUUUUGAACCAGAAGCCUUUGUCCUUGAAGCUGCAGGAAGAAGGCAUGGAGCGCCAGCUGGUGGCGCUGCUGGCGGAGCUGUCAGCAGAGCACUACCUGCCCCUCUUCGCCCACCAUCGCAUCUCAUUGGACAUGCUGAGCCAGAUGAGCCCCGGGGACCUGGCUAAGGUGGGUGUCUCAGAAGCAGGCCUGCAGCAUGAGAUCCUGAGGAGAGCCCGGAACCUGCUAGAUUCGGCCAGGGUCCAGCCAGAGUUGAAACCAUCCAAAGAUGAGGUCCUCGGUGUCCUGGAGCCCCCUGCAGCCCCUCAGGAGGCUCCCGAGUCAGUGAGACCAUCUGCUCCCCCAGCAGAGCUGGACACACCAACCUCAGAGUGCGUUGUGUGCCUGGAACGGGAGGCCCAGAUGGUCUUCCUCCCCUGUGGCCAUGUCUGCUGCUGCCAGCAGUGCUGCCAGCCACUGCGCACCUGCCCGCUGUGCCGCCAGGAGAUCUCGCAGCGCCUCCGGAUCUACCACAGCAGUUGAAUGCACAGCCACCUACCAGCGCUGGCCCUUGCUUGGUACCAUCUCCAUCACUGCUGGGCUCCCACACACCCACAUCCACAUUCCCCAGACAAGGGCAAAGACAGCCAUGGUCUUCUGCCACCCCGUCACCCCCAGCACCUUGAUCUGUAGGCAGGCAGGUGGGGUGUUCCUGGUCUGUGACGUAGCUAUUCUGGACAGCGGACAGGAGAUGGGGCAGAUCUGCUGGUGAUGUAGCCUGUGGCCUAGGGACAGGGUCCAGGGUAUGGAGGUGGCCGUGCCACCAGCAGGACUCAGGAAUCGAGGUUACUAGGCAAGCCUUAGCGUCACACCCAGCUGUCUGUCCCUUCUGGAGGGGUCUGUAUCUGUGGAGUGCACCAGCCAUCCUGGCCUGAAGUGGGACAGUGUCCCUGGGAAGGUGGCUGUGCAGGACCACUCCAGCCCUCUGCUGCUGCUUUCUUGAAUACCUGUUCUCCCAUAUCUGCAUCCUCAGCCCACACGGGCAGGUUGACUCAGCAGGAACACUAAUAAAUCUGAGUUCCUCCCUGAGUGACCCGUGCGUCCUUGGGAACUUGAGAGGGAUGAGAAAUGGGCUGGGUUCUAGAAGGCAGCUCCUCUCCCAGUGGAGAGCCAGGCAACACCUUCUUCAACAAAGGGCGGGGGCACCGAGCCAGGGGCGGCCUCUUUAUAAGCAGCUCGUGCUCAUGGGAUGGGUUGUGUGGUUAUCCAGGGUAAGGGGGUUGCCAAGGCAACUGAGAUGGGCCAUCCAGCCCAGCAGCUGUGGUGACGUGACACCCUCCUGCCCUUCCUGUAUAAAGUGUAUGGCCUACAGCAUGUGCCCUACAGGUACCACUUGAUGGUACUAGCGCAGGCUGGAGCCCACCCUCAUGGCUGGCGCUGGAACUGAUCAGCCAUCAGGAGGCAGUCACCUGAAAGCUCCAUGGCCUCUCCCUUCUCUCUGUGCCUCAGUUUCCCCCUCUACAAUAGGGGGUUAUAAGAAUAGGUUAGGCCAGGCAGUGGUGGUGAAAACCUUUAAUCUCAGCGCUUGGGAGGCAGAGGCAU